GCAAGGUUGACGGUCGAACGUUCUUCUAGCAUCUUUUGUAAAUUCUCACCAGCAUGAUAACAUUCUGUCAGGCAUGAGUGUCGCGGCUGUCCGUUCGCACAAUCGCUCUGCAAAUACCAUGCACUACACGUUGUUCUUUCUCUGUCUGUUUAGCCUUGCACAGGAUUCACAUAGUAUAUUCCGGCGGAAAAUCACCCGCGAACAAUGGGAUGCACUCUUCAGCCAAUCCACACUUGGCACGGAAUCCCGCGUUAGCGUUAACCGGCUGCAUAAUGAUUUCCGCUUCUUCCCGGAGAACAAGGUGCAGCGGACGGUCAUCACGAAGCCAUGUGGACAUCCCGGCGGAAAUAAUUCCGAUCCCUUUGGAUUAUCCACGCAGUUCGCCACAAAGGGCAAUAAAAUUUCCGUUGUCGAGGUAUUGGGGACUGGCAGAGCGGCUGGGGUGAUUCGCCGUAGAACGCUGUUAGGAGGAAUACCGCCUCCAAGCCCGAGGAUUGUCGGUGGAGCGGAUACGAGCACAUCCGUAGCUUGUUGGCAGGCUUUCAUUGUGUCGAACACAACAACCGGUGUGCGACAGACAUGCGGUGGUGUAAUUAUUGGUAGCCAGACCAUCUUAACAGGCGCCCACUGUUUGCUGGACCAAACUACAAGAAUUCCGUUGCCGGUAAGUAAUAUCCAGGUGGUCGUGGGUGCCGUGGACAGCGGCGCCCCGGCAACCAACGUCAACGAUCCCACCGGUUGCGCCCAGACGUUCACUGCGGAAUCAGCCAGAAUGCACCCGCAGUAUAACGACGCGGUUAACGACAACGACGUCGGCAUUAUCACGCUGAGCACCGCCAUUAACGUCGACCAGAAGCCGUGUACCUGCACCUUGUGCUUCAGCACACGCCAGCCGGCAACCGGAGAGACAUGCGCGGUGACCGGUUACGGUUUUGAGACGUUUGAUUUUACUACGCCUCGAAAUCCGAUUCCGUUGAAAUGGGUGGCCCAGACAGUUGUAAAUCAGAGCGACACGAACAUCUGUCCGGUAUUCGUUAACAGCGCCGGAACAACCACCAACGUGACACAAAACAUUUGUACCAAGAGUCCAGUUGGUCAAGAUCCCUGCCUUGGAGACGACGGAGGUGCUCUCGUCUGCUGGGAUCCGACCAACAGUGUCCACUAUUUAGCGGGACUCAUUGCUUUUGGUUCGGAGACCUGCGCGCAAGGCUUCGGUGACCAGAACGUCAAAAUAGCACUGUAUCUGCAAUGGAUCGCUGACAAUUCUCUAUCCGGUGAUGUCAAUCUAUCCCCGGGUACCACUGUCACCACCGUCCCUCCGAUAACAACCACCACCCCCGCCACCGUCCCGGUCACAGUUCCCACGGGCACGACGGAAGCCUGCGGUAUUCCCGGCAAUGGCCAGAUUGACCCAUUCGGUAUCGUCAGUUUACCUCGCAUGUCCUUGGCUCCGUUCGAUGAAUUAAACCGGUUCCGCUCCGUCCGCCGUCGGCAGGGCCGUGAUGUCGAAGCUGUCCUGGAGCCCCGCAUUAUCGGGGGAACAGACAGCACAGCCUCGGUGGUGUGUUGGCAGGCGUUUGUUGUAGUCGAUCAGGGCAACGGACAGGAGAUCACUUGCGGAGGGGUCAUCGUCGGAUCGCGCACCAUCCUCACGUCCGGCACGUGCAUGGUGACCUCCAGCGGCGUGCCCAUCUCCACUGCGUCGGCGUACACGGUGACCGUGGGAGCAGUCGACAAUAACGCUCCGGCUUCGAAUGCGCAGGACACUACCGGGUGUGCGCAGACGUUUACUGUGCAAAGCGUUACGCUGCACCCGGGAUAUGUCUUCGCCACGGAUGAUAAUGAUAUCGGUAUCCUUACGCUAUCAAGCGCCAUUGACCUUGCAAACAAACCGUGCGCGUGCGCCAUAUGCUUGACAAACCGCGUUCCGACCAUCAGCGAGACAUGUGUCAUGAGUGGCUACGGAGUCGAAACCAAUGGAAACCCCAUCCGUAACGCAAUACCCUUGAAAUGGGUCACACAAAAAAUCGUCCCACAAUCAAGCAGCUGCUCCGUGUUCUGCGCGGGAAGCACGUGUACCAAUGUCAGCAAUUACCUUUGCAGCCAAGGGGCGACCGGCCAGGAUCAGUGUAUCGGUGACAAUGGCGGACCGUUGGCUUGCUACGACCCCACGCGUAACAACUACUAUUUAGCCGGCGUUAUUGCGUUCACCACGGAGACCUGCGGAACCGGUCAGGGCGGACAGAGCGCGGAAGUAGCACUGUAUUUGCCGUGGAUCGUGGCCAAUGCGCUGCCGGGCGAUGUGCAAGUGGAAAGCGGUUCGGUAACCGUCCCGACCAUCCCAACAAUUCCAACUGUGCCAACAAUUCCAACGGUCCCAACUGUGCCCACAUUGCCGACUCUCCCACCAGUGGGAACGACAACAUACAACUAUUUCUACAAUAAUAUGGGCUAACGAAAGGAGAGAAAAAAUAUGUUGUAUCUAAAAGGACUACUCGGGCAGUGUGCCUAAACCUACCGAUAUGUUACUAUUUCUGUAAGCUAUUUUAAAUGAUAAUUUGUAUUUUUUUGAUAGAAUUGCCUAUCUUGUUGUCUCAGAUCAAAAAAUAAAAUUUC